CUCUCACUAAAAGGGGAGACAGAUAGUAGUAAACUGUUUAAACUUUUGAGCGAGAGGGGCUGUGUAUCCGCACUCUGGUAAACUGUCACGUCAACUUCGUCUUCAGCUGUCUUUCCCCAAACAACGGAAUGUUGUGAACGUCCAGCCGAGAGAGGAACGACUCUGAUAUCCACUUCCAACCGGAGCGACUUCAAACUUCUAUCAAGUUUACUUGCAUUUACGGGAGACUCUGCAUGCUGGAGCUUGAAGCUGACUUCCUGUGGGCCGCUUCAUAGAGAAGGAAACCUUUGUGGAAAGCAGGAGAAAGGCCUGUUCACCCACCUUCCUCAUACUGGAAGCUGCAGGAUAAUAACAAAAUGGCUAGAAGAUCCCCCAUUCCUGUUUUACUUCUUGCAAUAUGUUGCCUGGCAUCUGCAGGGCCUUUGUUUCGAAGCCCAUGUGAGCUGCUGCCGGUUGGGGUGGGACACCCAGUGCAGGCCACACUGAAGAGCUUCACUGCCCUGUCAGGCUGUGCAAGCAGGGGCACCACCAGUCUCCCUCAGGAGGUCCACAUCAUCAACCUGAGAGGACAUGCUCCAGAGGGACCAGACAACACCCCAGCAGAAGUUGAGUUGCAUUUGAAGCCCAUCCAGUCUCUGCUGCGCCACCAGAAGCCCCUGGUCUUCGUGCUUAACUCCCCCCAACCACUGAUCUGGAAGAUCAAGACAGAGAACCUGGCCCUGGGCAUCAAACGUACCUUUCAUGUAUCUGAGGGCUCAGAGGUCCACUUUCAGCCGGGAAACUUCUCCCUCUCCUGCCAGAUCCAGAAGGAGACCCUUCCCCACGGCAAUGAGCACCUCCUCAGCUGGGCCCAGAAGAAGUACAAGGCAGUCACCUCUUUCUCUGAGCUCAGGAUGACUCAAGACAUCUACAUCAAAGUCGGAGAAGACCCAGUGUUUUCUGACACCUGCAAGAUUGAUACCAACUUCCUGUCUCUGAACUACCUGGGCGGCUACGUGGAGCCACAGGCAUCAAAGGGUUGUGUCCUGUCUGGACCUGACAAAGACCAAGAGGUCCACAUCAUCGAGCUCCAAGCCCCUAACUCCAGCAGCGCUUUCCAGGUGGACGUCAUAGUGGACCUACGGCCUCUGGAGGACGAUGCCCCCCUGCAUCGUGACGUUGUCUUGCUGCUCAAGUGCGCUAAGUCUGUCAACUGGGUCAUCAAGGCCCACCGUGUAAUUGGCAAGCUGGAUGUAGUGGCCUCUGAUACAGUGAGUGUUAGCUCAAAUACAGAGAGACUGAUGCACGUGUCAAAAUCCCCUAAGCAGCACUUGCCAUCAGGAUCACAAGCCUUGAUCAAGUGGGCAGAGGAGCAUGGCUACAGUCCAGUCACAUCUUAUACAAGCACUCCUGUGGCUAACCACUUCAAUAUCCGACUCAGAGAGCCAGAUGUGGUGGAUCCUCUGGAGAGCAUGUUGCCUCCAGAGCUGUCCAUCCUGCGUGACUCCAGUCCUCAUCCAGAAGCAGGAACUGCUUCACGACGCUCAGGUCUGCCCUUCCCCUUCCCACCGUCUGUGUCCGACAGCCUGCCCUACCUGCCGCUACCGUCCCCCUUCGAUGACCGACCCUGGGAGAAUGGAGAGCCUGAGGAGCACCAGGGCACUCUGAACGUUGGCCUCAGUGUGCAGUGUGAGGACACAAGGAUGGUGGUCAGCAUCGACAAAGAGAGCCUGCAAGCAAACGGGUUUAUUCAUGCCAACCUCACGCUCCAAGACCCAGAAUGCAAAGCAACAGUCAAUGCCACCCACUACACCCUGGAAACUCCUCUGACUGGCUGUCAGACCACCAUGUAUCCCAUGCAAGGUAGCCAAAUGGCCCUCUACAUCAACUCUGUCUUAAUAAGUCAGGCUGAGACUAAGGAUGGGAGUGGUGGGCCGCUGGGUUACGAGGAUCUGGAAUCGGGAGACAUGCUGUUCCCGAGGGACCCGGUGGAGAUAGGGAGGACUUUAACCGAGCCCACAGAGCACCAGUCUGUCAUAGAGUUCAACUGCACAUACAGAAAUAACCAGGAAACCUCAGAAACACUUCCCAGGAUCGUACCGGGACCAGCCAGGCAACCAGUCAACAACAUGACGUUCAUUAUGGAAUUGUACAACACAUUGUCAUCCAACAACCCCUCACGCCAGGCCUUCUUCACUGUUUCACAAAAUCAGAAAGUCUUUGUGGAGGUCACAUCAACCGCAUCAGAUCCGGAUCUGGGGUUCACUAUUAUAUCGUGCUUCAUUUCUCCCAACUCCAAUCCCAGCGUGGCCUCAGACUACACUCUCAUUGAGACAGUCUGUCCGACAGAUGACUCUGUCAAAAUCUAUCCUCAGAGGGACUUCCCUGUCCCUCACACGCAGAUGGAUAGGAAAAGUUUCAGUUUCACCUUCAACUCAAAGUUAAACAUGUCCCUGCUUUUCCUGCACUGUGAGAUGUCUCUGUGCUCCAAGAGAUCUCAGAUCAACCAAAGACUACCGCCGUGCUUACAACCCAGUGAGACCUGUGACUCUCUUGAUGUGGACAAUAUCAUCAAGAUGAUGAUGAAUCACAGGAGGUCCACCAAGCCACUGGUUGUGGUGAACGGUCCUGGUCAAACAAACAAACCAGAUAUUUUUAUUUCCAAACCACCCCCAAACCCCGAGGAUACUCUUGAUUCUAACCCACUGUAUGUGCUGGACACUCCAACAGUGGUGGGAAUUGCCUUUGCAGCCUUUGUGAUUGGGGCUCUGUUGACCGGAGCCCUGUGGUUUAUCUACUCACACACAGGUGAGACAGCUGGCACACAGCAGGUCCAGCAGAAGUCUCAACCCGCCUCUGAGAACAGCAGCGCAGCCCACAGUAUUGGCAGCACACAAAGCACACCCUGCUCCAGCAGCAGCACAGCGUAGCCCAGGACACACCCCAGCAGGAGGCACAGCCCUGCCAUGGCACAGGAAGGGCCCGACGGUUCACUAGGGCUGGUUUGUUGAUUUCCUUCCAUGAAAGAAAUUAUUUUUGGGGGAUAUGAUAGGAAGGAAAAAAAAAAGAUUUUAAAACAGAAGAAAACACACAAUAACCCUCUUAGGUCUUGUGUAAGUCUCCUUGUGUCACUACAAGUGUGUGUAGACAAGUGUACUGUCCUGGUGAUAUUGGUCUGUAACAGUUCUCAGACCCAGCUUGGCAGUCUCACUUUAUAUCUAGUACAAAAAACCACAAGAAACAAAUGUGAGUUUAUACCAGGCGUUUCUUUCUAAUCCAAAUGCUGCUUUUUUCUGACCACAGCAGAGCCUUUUGUUUACCUUAAAUGGUUUGACUUAGGCUCUUGGAACAAGCAGGUGUACUCCAAAAGCAAGAAAUAGCAGUGAUGUCAGUAGUAAGUGAGAUGUUGAUGGCUGGACUGUAACCCUCAAAGUGGCAAAGGAGCAAAGCAACCACUAUUAACGUGCAAACAAAAGUGCAGUAUGAACAGAAGUCAUCAUCUGGACCCAAAGAAAGAUAAUGGCUUUUAAAAGAUGCAAGGUGUAGGUGAUGAAUGUAUACAGAAGAGUCAAUGCCAAAAAAUGUGAAAGACAAAUGUGAAAGUCGUGCUGAUAAAAUGUCACAUUUUAUAAUGAACUCAUUUCACUCAUGCUUCCCUAAUAAGGGAUUUAUACACACAGGCUGGUAAAACAUAUUUUAUCAGUGCUUUCUUUACAGUAGUUGUAGUGAUUCACUUCAGCAGUUGGAGGUCUGAGUCUCAGUUUCAUAGAUGAUCCACAACUUCACAGGGGCAUUAUGGGUUCCCUUUUAUUAGUUGUUGUUAAUGGAGUAGUUCAACAUUUGGGAAAUACAAAGAUUUUCUAAUCCAAACGUUAGAUAAGAGGAUUGAUACCUCUCUAUUAUCUGUGACUUAAGUAUGGAGCUCAAUACAGGAGGUGAUUAGCCUAGCUUAGCAUGAAGAAUGUAAGCAGAGAGAAAUGUUUUAAAGAAAAAGUUACAGAAAGAAACUUCCAAUGUGUUGAUUAGUGAACUUUUAAGGUUUUGGUAAGUGUAUUUUAUUUUGAACAGCCAGGUUUGCUAGUUUCCCUAUGCUGGUUUUUAAUGCUAAAGUAGGCUCAUAAAUCCCAAAAAUACACCUACCAGCACCACCAAGACACAUUAAUUCACCUGUGAUGAAUUGUCUGUUGAAUCUGUGCAGAAACAGAAAAGUAAAACAAUUAGUUUGUGUUUUUUAGGGGGGAGUUUUGUACAGUAACUUUUCUUGAAAAUGCUAAACUAAGUUAAUCACCUCCCAACUCAAGCCCCUUUCUUAUCACACAGACAAUAGAGUGGUUUUGAUCUUUUUAUUUUGCUCUUGUGGAAGAAAACAAAUUUCCCUAAAACUUUUCUUUUAAAAUGUAUAUAUUUUUGUAAAUAUUGUAAAUACUCCAAAAUAUGAGGAAGAGGGUGAAAAUUAUGUUUUUGUACUUCUGGAUUAGACAGUGAGGAAGUUUUUACCAUGUCAUAUUUUUAGGACACAAAUUCUUACUUAUGGCCCAGCGUAAAUGAUGUAGGUUGGGUCCUCCUGCCUGCCUCUUUGCACUGAGGCUGCCACUAAACCCUACUGUCAUUAUUGAUCAAUCUUUUAUAAUUAAUCAAUCAGCAGUUUUAGUUAGUGUUAGAACAACAACAGACAACGGCCAAAAUCCUCACAUUUUUAGAAGCUGUAAAAAAUAUUUGGUGUUUCCCCUUCAUAAAUCACUGAAAUGAUGAUUGAUUUUCUAUCAGUUUGAUAUUGUAGUCUCAUCAGACAGAUAAUUAUUUUAUAAAGCCAAAUGUACAGUGUAUGGACUUCCUUCUCACAGUUAUUUUUGUAUAAAUCUUGGCACUGACAGUAUGUUAAAUAAGCUGUGGCUUAAGCUCUUUGUUAUGGACAUACAUUUUUCAGGUGUUCCUCAAACUGUAACACCACAACUACCCCACCGUCUCAGAAUAAUAUGAAUGUUUGCUGUAGUGCCUUCCUUUUUUUAACUCAUAUGUGUUUUUAUCUGACUGUGUGUGGGACUAACUGGGGAAUUUAAGAAAAGAAGUUUCCCUUUAACAAUUCAACCAUGUCUCUGGUAAGGAGUAACAAAAAAACAGAAUGUAGGUUAUCUCAAAGCUUUUGAUUUUCUUUUUCUUUUCAUAUGUAAACAUGUAUAAAGCUUCUACAGAGGGAACAGAGUAUAAAUAUAUAUAUUUGUGUAUAAAAUUAUAUUUUGGAAUAUAUUUACCAAGAGAAUUUUAUUGUCAUGUAUGUGUGUAAGUACUGUGAAUUGUGGAUGUGCUCAUACAAAACACAUUUGUUUGAGAUUUAUUAUGAUUAUUAAUUAAAGCAUCAUAGCAUGUUUUAUGACACUAACUGAUGAAAAUUAUUCAGCUCUUUUUUUUAUAAUCACACUUUGAGUUUGUUUCACUAGAUAAAAAAAGUGGAAAAUGAACAUUUUUCUCUCGAAAUUUUAAAUUAUGGAAUUCUAAAUAAGACAAAUCUAGUUGUUUAAAAAAUCCUGUCCAUUUUUCAAUAAUGAACGUGUCAUAAAACAUGUUAUGAGUUAUGAGAAUACCACAUUACCACCAGAUUAUUUCCUCUGUGCAUGGAAGACAUACUUUGUUAACUCCUAGUUUGUUCAAACAUUAUUUUAGUUUGUUGUCUGAUAUUUGGAUAGAAGUUUUAUUUUCCCACUUGGCAAUAAUGACUCAUAAAGGAAGCUGUUUCAUUUUGAUUAGUUUUGUAUAUGUGUGUUUGCUAAAAUAUUUUCAUAUGAAGUAAAUAAAGCAGAUGUUAAAUUUAUAUAUUUGAAUCUUAAAUUUCAUAUCUUUGAAGAUAAGCUGUAGCAAUGGAUAUUGAACUAUAUUUUUAUGAUAAAUAUUAGAUUCAGAUGUCACUACAUAACAAAACCUGAUCCCCAACCUGUUUUCUUCCUCCCAUUAUCAUACACAAUGAUAUUUAUGCCCUUGAUAUUUAUCAAUACUAAACCACUGAUGACAGCAGGUAAACCAAAUUUGGAAAAGUAGAAUAAAUUCUAGAUGUGAAUACAAAAUCCAACAUUCUCUUACUUCUUAGUUUCUAGAAACUCAGCUGUUUUCACUAACACUUCAGACAUCAUUUUCAUUAAGGUAUAUUAGAACCACUUGGCUAUGGAGCAACUUUGGAGCUUGUUUGCUUUAUCGGGCCUUGUGCCAAGAGUUAACUCAGUUACACAGUAAAUACACAGCAGUCAUAUGUUGUGUGCUGUUGCUGUGCUGUUAUCAAGCAGCAUUAUGUGAACAACAACACUGUGUCCCACUGUAUACAGAAUAUACUUAAUGAAAGCCCCAGGUCUUACAGAGUGGAAAUAUAAUCAGCGGUCAGUGUGGGAUUAAGGCUUUCUGACAUUCCUGUACUUGUGUGGUUUCUCUUAUCGACUGUGGUGAAUCUGUCUCCCCAUAUGUAAUUAUCCCCUCCACCCCCUCAUGUCAUGCUGUUAAGCACCCGAGCCUCAAGUUAUGCUCUGGAUCUAAUCUUCUCAUUUUUUUAUAAUUUGGAGGUAUUUUUUCACUCAACCUAAUGAUAUAAUUGCUGUUCAAAUAUCAACAUUCCUCCUCCUCAAACCACCCUUCACUUUCCCUUCAUGGCCGUGAAUAAAGAUAAGCAGGUAUAUGCUGUCAAUAUAAAAUAAUGAUGCUGUAUCACACAAAUGAGUAUUGUUAGUAAGUGUAAUAACAGAGAUCCACUGUAUGACUCAUAUCUAAUGCUGAUCUGAAAAGAGCUGUAAUCGGAGCACAAAUCCAUGUAACUAGUUAUUGAUUGUAUUUUUUUUUAACCAUUUGACUACCUCAUGUGUUUUGAUGAAUGUGUAAUUUGUGUGUUUGUAUGCGUGCGAGUGUUUUCUGUGCCUAUGUUUCAACUCAAGAAAAGUUGGAAAGCAGAUUAUACUGCAGUUUUAUGAUUUAGGGGCCCCUACCUGGUUUUGUUGCAGUUCACAUUGAAUUUUUUCAGUCUCAACACAAACAAUGAAGAGUUUAAUGCUUCCAGUGUUGGCAGGAUUGCCUUUUUUGGGUGUUGUAAAUGUGUAAAACUUUGGUUAGCAGUUAUUGUUUCCUUUGGAUUUUUUAACUUUUUAUACGCUGUAAAUAUGCAUGAUGUUUGUAUACCCAUUAUGUCCAAUAAAUUUUCAUAAUAAUUCA